CUCGCAAGUAAACGGAUCUGCGGUUGCUAUUCAAUUCUUUAUCGUCAACCCGCUCGCUCUCGUUGCGCAGCCUCUACAACCUCACAUCUUCCCCCCGGCCCACCAUGGUCGUCCAAGCCAUCAAAACCGCAUCUACCUCACGAAACGGCCUGGCAUCAUUCAUCCUCCAAUGUAAACGCCUCGACUUCCACUACUGCGACUGGGCCGGCUCUAGUCGGGGCAUGAAAUCGUUCCUGACCUCGCCUCUGCUCGCCAACUUCACAUCCAAAUAUCCCGGCACCGAGUUCCGCAUCUCGCCCCGUCCGAACAAGCACCCCAUCGUGAAAGCGUACUACAUCAACGGCCGCGAAAAGGCCGUCUGUCUGCGCAAUCUCGAGAAAGAACAGAUCCUCAAGAAAGUCGAGUUCCUGGUUACGAACUCGGGCAAGAAGAAUGAACUGAUCAGAGGUAAACCCGUGAUCAGCACGAAUGAGAGUGUCAGAGGAAUCUGGAGUCCUAUGCAUGGGGGAAUCAAGGAAAUCUGAUUUGAUUCGAUUCGGUAAGCAUGUGUCGACUUUUGUUUGGUGGUCCAAACGAGCGAGAGGGACAAGACGAGAUAAAAGCGGCUUCUGGGGAGGAUGAUGGUCAUCUGGGGCUGGAGAAAGAGUCAGAAGAGCAGCUGCAACAGACAUGGGUAUAUCGCUGAAGUAUGCGGGGCCAGCUAUCUCGGUCAGGGAGAAACGGUCAGCGCAACGGUUGAUGGAAUCACACUCGAGGGCAUUGCGCCCUCCAUGGAUGGCGACGAGCAUAGAUGGACGCGGCCUCGCCCAGGGUCACGGUCACUCUGGCCAGCGCCAUUGUCAUUGGCUACUAGUAGAAGAUCUGGGAGGGAGUUAGGCAUGUGAACCAAGGAAAGGCAUGGAAAUCUCCAGCCUGAGAUCGUAAGCAUUAAAGCGGGCUAUUUGGCAGGCAGGUACUAUCAUAUUGCCCCAACGCCACGCUUCGUCUGUACCAUACAAUAAAACGCAAGGCAUUCCAAGCGUCAUAAGAA